UGAGAAAUUUUGGUGGAUCUGAACAAGAGUAAAUCGAUGGAGACCAUCGAACUUUUAGUUCAUAUUUUUGCUGUUUUAGAAAGAGAACGUGGUCAUAAGAGGGAUAAAAAAAGCUGUAGCUCUUUCUUAAAAUCUUGAGAUCAUAAAACAUACUUAUAUAUAUUUAAAAUAAUAUGAACAAAAAGUGAAUACGUGUUUGGCAUCAAAUGAGCAUGAUUCAUAUAUGAAUGACCCGUUACCAAUUGCAUUUGGAAGAAAGAAUGACAUCGGCUAGGGAUUGUAUAUUUGUAUCGUAAGGGGUCAAAAAACAUGUCAAAAUCUGAAGAGUCAACGUCUAUAGAGAAAUUCGUAAUUACGUACCCUCCUUUAUUCUCUCUCCAAACCCACAAAAAUGAUGAAGCUUUUGCUUUUCCAUCCAAUUUCUUUCAAACCCAAACCUUCAAUCUUCCUGUAACGAUCUUCUAUUCUUGGGUUUUCAUAUGUUUUUCUUGGUAAAUCAUCAUUAUGGGAAGCAGAGAUGGCAGACAACGGGAGGCUUCAAUUCAUGACAAUGGUUGUGCUGAUGAUGACAUUAAUCUUCAUAACUUAUCCCCCUCCAAUAAAAGCUCCGAUUCCGGAAUCUACGGCGCGGUGUUCAACUUAACCACAACCGUAAUCGGUGCCGGAAUCAUGGCAUUACCCGCCACCAUGAAAGUCCUCGGCUUGGUCACCGGAAUUGUUUUGAUUCUGUUGAUGGGGAUUUUGUCAGAAAUCAGUGUUGAGUUACUCAUUCGUUUCUCCGUUCAAUGCAAAGCCACAUCCUAUGGGGAGGUUGUGGAACAAGCCUUGGGUUCACCAGCAAGAAUCUUGUCUGAGAUUUGCAUUGUUUUGAACAACGCCGGUGUUUUGGUGGUUUAUCUGAUCAUCAUGGGCGACGUCAUGUCGGGCUCUCCAAGACAUUCGGGGGUUUUCAUUCAAUGGUUUGGAGCAAAUGGGUUCUGGGAGAAUAGAAGACUCAUCAUCUUGAUCGCUUUGGUCGUGCUUCUUGCGCCACUAUGUGCAUUGGACAGAAUCGAAUCUUUAAGUGUAACUUCAGCCGCGUCUGUAGUUCUUGCUAUCAUUUUCGUUAUAGUUGCUUGUGUUGUCGCGUUUAUUAUGGUGGUCGAAGGUAAAACCGACCCGCCAAGACUGAUUCCGGAUUUCAGUUCCGAACAAGCAAUUCUUGAUCUUCUGGUUGUGAUCCCGAUCAUGUCAAACGCGUACGUUUGUCACUUCAAUGUUCAACCGAUCUACAAUGAACUCGAAGGUCGUUCGCCUCAAAAGAUGAACAAAGUUGGGAGGCUCACGACUGUGAUAUGUGUAUUCAUCUACUGGUCGACUGCAGUAGCGGGCUACCUUCUUUUCGGGAACAACACAGAAGCAGACGUUCUUACGAAUUUUGAUAAGCCUCUUGCGAUUCGGUUUAGUGAAGGUUUGAGUUACAUCGUUCGUGUGGGAUACAUUUUCCAUUUGAUUUUGGUGUUCCCUGUAAUUCAUUUUUCGUUAAGGCAGACGGUUGAUGCGUUGGUUUUUAAAGGAGCAAAGCCAUUGUGCAAGAGCAGGAAGAGGUGUUUGGGGUUGACUUGUGUGCUUUUGAUGCUUAUAUACAUGGCAUCCACAAUGAUUCCAAGUAUAUGGACUGCUUUUAAGUUCACGGGUGCAACCACAGCUGUGUCGUUAGGGUUCACUUUUCCAGCUCUUAUCGCGCUGCGGUUGGGUGGUGGGUCGAAUGGUUUGAGCAGCCGAGAGAGGUUGUUCUCAUGGGUGAUGUUGGUUCUAGCCAUCAUGGUUAGCAUUGUUGGGGUUGUUAGCAACAUUUAUAGCAUGCAAGAGUAG